AUGUCUGUACAACGCGCCAUCAAGAAGAACUUCCUCGCCGUCGAGCAGGAUGAGGGCGCGGGGGCCCGCGUCCGCCGCUCCAUCGGCACGCCUAACCUGCGUAACUUCAGCCCCUUCCUGAUGCUGGACCACUUUAGCAUCAAGCCCGGUGCCGGGUUCCCCGACCACCCUCAUCGUGGCCAGGAGACAAUCACAUACCUCAUCAGUGGCGCCGUGGAUCACGAAGACUUUGCCGGUAACAAGGGCACCAUUGAGUCCGGAGACUUGCAAUUCAUGACCGCCGGCCGUGGCAUCGUCCACGCUGAGAUGCCCCGCCAGAACGCCGAUGGCUCCGCCAACGUCGGGCUCCAGCUCUGGGUCGAUCUACCCGAGAACCUGAAGCAAUGCGAGCCGCGGUACCGUGACCUCAAGGCCAGCGAGAUUCCCAAGGUGGAUGUAGACGACGGCAAGGCCACCAUCAAGGUCAUCUCUGGCCAGAGUCACGGCAUCGACUCUGUCAAGGAUCUUGCCUACACCCCCGUAUGGAUCCUCGACAUUGAGUUGCGGCCCGGUGCCAAGGUCACACAGCCUCUUCCUCAAACGUGGAACGCAUUCUCGUACAUCCUCGAGGGUGAUGUCUACUUUGGAGAGGGCGACGCCCGUAAAAAGGUCGGACAGUACAACAACGUGGUCUUUGAGCAGGAGGGUGACGUCGUCCACAUCGAGGCCGAUCCGGAGGCGACCAAAUCUUCGCGCCUGGUUAUUGUUGCGGGCACCCCACUCGAUCAGCCUGUCGUGCAAUAUGGACCAUUCGUGUUGACAACAAAGGACGACGUAUAUCAGGCCCUCAUGGAUUUCCAAACCUAUAAGAAUGGGUUUGAGCGCGCGGAGGGAUGGGAGAGUGAGAUUGGGAAGUCCAUGGUUCACUAG